CGGGAGCGGGACUCGAACUCGCGGCUUUGGGUCUGCGCGGUGCGGGCGCUGCGGGGCAUGGAGCUGAACACGGAACUGCCCACGGAGCCGCUCGCGGUGUGGGAUAACCGCACAGCAUGGGAUGCCCUGCCCGGAACCAGCGGCAAUGAGACGGGACCGCCGAGAACCAAAAACGCCACUUCCAUCCUGAUCGCCAUCGUCAUCACCGCGCUGUACUCGGUGGUGUGCGUGGUGGGGCUGCUGGGCAACGUGUUGGUGAUGUACGGCAUCGUGCGGUACACCAAGAUGAAGACAGCCACCAACAUCUACAUCUUCAACCUGGCGCUGGCCGACGCGUUGGCCACCAGCACGCUGCCCUUCCAGAGCGCCAAGUACCUGAUGGAGACCUGGCCUUUUGGGGAGCUGCUCUGCAAGCUCGUGCUCUCCAUCGACUACUACAACAUGUUCACCAGCAUCUUCACCCUCACCAUGAUGAGCGUGGACCGAUACGUGGCCGUGUGUCACCCGGUCAAGGCACUGGAUUUCCGCACACCAGCCAAAGCCAAGGUCAUCAACGUCUGCAUCUGGGUGCUCUCCUCUGUCAUUGGGGUGCCCAUCAUGGUCAUGGCGGUCACCAAGUCAAAAGCAGAUGGAACAGUGCUGUGCACGCUGCAGUUCCCCGACCCUCCCAUCUACUGGGACACGGUGACCAAGAUCUGCGUCUUCAUCUUCGCCUUCAUGGUGCCCAUCCUGGUCAUCACCAUCUGCUAUGGGCUGAUGAUCCUGCGCCUGAAGAGCGUCCGUCUGCUCUCAGGCUCCAAGGAGAAGGACCGCAACCUGCGGCGCAUCACCCGCAUGGUGCUGGUGGUGGUGGCAGCCUUCAUCAUCUGCUGGACGCCCAUCCACAUCUUCGUCAUCGUCUGGACGCUGGUGGACAUCGACAAGAAGAACCCCUACGUGGUGGCCAGCCUGCACUUCUGCAUCGCGCUGGGUUACACCAACAGCAGCCUCAACCCCGUCCUCUACGCUUUCCUGGAUGAAAACUUCAAGAGGUGUUUCCGCGAGUUCUGCCUGCCCUUCCGAGCUCGUGUGGAGCAGAACAGCUUCUCCAGAGCUCGGAACACCACGCGGGAGCGCGUCUCCACCUGCGCCCCGUCGGACGGCCGCGGCCAGCCGGCAUGACUAGGCGUGGGUGAGCAGCGGGGUGCUGGGGAGCCGCGCUCAGAGGUCACCCAGGAGACGACCACAGAGCUUUAGCCCUGCUGGGACUGAAUGCAGACAGACUGCGGAGAGUUUUCUUUUUGGUGGGGCUCGUUGAGCCAUGAGAGGACGCCCACCGCACGCGUAGGGCUUGGGCUGCCUUUCUGCCUAUGGAAAACCCAUCGGUGAACCAUCUAGUAAAUCCAUUGGUUUACUGGAGACCUCCAAACCAACUCUGGUGCCAGAGAGGACUUUUGAGUUGAUACUACUGCUGCGUUUUUGGGAUCUCACUGGCAACCCUGCCCACGGGUGCAAAGCUGGCAAUGCGGGCGCAGCAUCCCCAGCCCCACGGCAACGCUGCAUUCCUGCAUCCCACAGGGCAGCUCCCAUCCGUCUGCUGCCAGAGACAGCCAGCCCGAGGAAGAUCUCAUUACAGAGCAAUUGGUGGGGACUUGAGGAGUUUCUCGCAGCGCUAACGCGAUUAGGACGGCGCAUCCAUCCCUCGUCCUCUCCAGCACUGACAUUUUAUGCACUCGCAGCCACUCGCGAGGCAGAGCCCAGCCCAGGGCUGGGGUUUUGUGCUCAGCACCACGCCGAUGGAGCCCCGUUCUCCAGCAGCACCUCGGUGGGAGCUCAUCUGCAACAGCCAUCAGCCCUGGGGCUCUGCACUGCGUUACCACCGCUAAACAGGGACAGAUGCAUCCCUGGUGCCGCUGACCUUCCGUCCCUUCCACCUCCUGCAGCAGCUCUGUGCCCAUGAGGGCACACAGCCCACGGAGGAUGGGGCUCAGAAGCAGCACUAAUGGCUUUUAUUGGACAAAUUGAUGGUGCUGGAGGAAGCAGGCGGGCGCGCGGGUGCACCUGGGGCGCGUGGGCUGGAAGGAGAGGCUGCCUCUUGGCUCUGUUUUUUUUCCAGUUGCAUCAAUUGAGCCUAAUGAAGGUCAUUACCUCUCCACAACAGCCUUACCUUGCUGCAGAGCUGCUGGCGAUUGCAGCCUGCCCCUUUGCAAGGCAGAGCUGACGAGGCAACGGAGACCAAUUUCUUCUUGGAAGGGCCAAACGGAGCAAAAUUUUGGGUCUCAAAUCAAGGAUCACUGGGGCACCCUCACAACCUGUCUGCAGUGCAUCCCUCCCAGCUUCGUCUGGGC